UUUUUUUUUUGGUUUUUUUUUCUUUAUUCUUUUUUCAGAGAUAGGGUUCUCUCUGGUCACACUCCGCUUUUAUAUUCCAUAUUUGGCAAGCGCUCAGCUUCAACAACGUCAAUGUGACCGCUAAAAUGUAAGCCACUCACGACCUUUUUCCAUGGUGACCUGGUGGAGCAAUUCCGAUUGAAUCAAGUAAAAAGACGGUUUUAUUACGCUGGUUUCCUCUAUUGAACUUUUUUCCACUUGACGUAGUAUUGUAUACAUAUACCCAUCAUGGUGAAGAAGGUUUUUGCCGAAGAUGAAAUUAUAGAAGUGCCUGAAGCACCUUUGCCAGUGCAGAAUGCUGUGGCAGAUCAGAGUGAUUCCGAUGACGAAGCACCUGAAGCUGUCUCUACAAGCACUGCUAAAUCCAUGGCUUUGGAAAGUGUCAAAGCAGCCAAGGAAGCAAAAGCACGUGAGGAGGCUACGAGAAAGGAAAAGCGUCGACAGCGUGAUCAGAUUCUGAAGAAACAGAAGGAGGAAAGUAAACAAAGUAAAAAGAAGCAGAGCAAGCCACCAGUGGCGGAAGAGCCAGAAUCCGAAGAGGAGGUGGAAGAGGAGAUGGAAGAAAAAGACGAAGAGGAGGAAGAACAAAGCGAUAAGCAAUUAUUGCCUGCCGAGUUACUUGCUCAAGCUAUGGAAGAAGAGAAAGCGGCAAAGAAGCGAAGCCAUUUGACAAUGGAAGAUUUUGAGCGCAUGGAGGAGGAAGAGGAGGAACAACGACGAAACGAAGCAAACCUGAAAAAGCGCCGAAAGCAAACCGAGCGUCAGGUCGGCGAGUACACAGUUAAAGUGAUCAAUCAUCGUCCUCGUCCGCAGCCAGCGGAUGGAAAGAUUGUUUCUUUCCGUGAUCGACAUAUGGCACGAAAUGCCAUCCCAAGGAAAGAUGCGAUUCUCAAUACAAGUGCGGGCAGAAAAGGUGCUGCACUGGCUUUCCAUCGCAAGUAAUUUUGUAAAUAAUACACUCAAUGUAAUUGUUACUUCUCGAUAUUGCACAGAUGCAGUCUGUGUAAAAACUUCAUACAGCAUGAUUUCGUUUCAUUUUCUCAUUAAAAAAAAAAAAAAAAAAAAAAA